GAUGUGGUCAUGAUUUUGCAUGACCUUCGACACGUUUUUUUUUAAUCAUUUGGGAAGGAGCUAGCAAGCAUCUUAAUUCGCUGCUCAAAGGGCAUCACAUCUUAAUUUGUUUAUCCUUCUCCACUGUACGCGAUAGAUCAGCACCAAAUUAAAAUGCUACAUAUUGCAAGUUCCGCGAGCUCGAGUGAGAGCCGGGAUACAUACACACUCUUAAGGAUAUAUCUUGGCCGUCGGCUCGUCAUCGAUCGCCAAGCUAGAUCGAGCAGUCGUUUAGCGGUUGCGGCAUGAACCCUCCUCCGGGGCCAUGGCAGCUGCCGGUCAUCGGCAGCCUGCACCACAUGGUUGGCGCGCUGCCGCACCGCGCCAUGCGAGACCUGGCCUCCCGCCACGGCCCGCUGAUGCUGCUCCGCAUGGGCGAGGUCCCCGUGGUGGUGGCCUCGUCGGCGGCCGCGGCCAGGGAGGUGAUGAAGACCCACGACGCGGCGUUCGCCACGCGGCCCCUGACGAGCACCAUCCGCACCGCCACGCACGACGGCUUCGGCAUCGUCUUCGCCCCGCACGGCGACCACUGGCGCGGCGUCCGCAAGCUCUGCGUCACGGAGCUCCUCAACGCGCGCCGGGUCCGCUCCUUCCGCGGCUCGCGCGAGGACGAGGCCGGCAGUCUCGUGGCAUCCGUCGCGGCGUCUCUGCUGGAUGAUGAGGACGAGCGGAAGCCCGCCGUGGUGAACGUGAGCGCGCUCGUGGCGGCGUACGCGUCCCACGCGACGGUGCGCGCCGUGGCGGGCGACCGGAUCGGGGACAGCGAGGCCUUCCUGGCGAGCCUGGACGAGGGCGUCAGGGUGGUCGCCGGGUUCAGCCUGCCCGACCUGUUCCCGUCGUCGCGGCUCGCCCACGCGCUCAGCGGGACGGCGCGCCGGAUAGAGGCCGUGUUCCGCGAGUUCAGCAUGCUCAUGGACGGGGUCAUCGAGGAGAAACGCGCCAGGAGGUCCGGAGCCGGUGACGAGGACAAGGACAUCCUGGACGUGUUGCUGAGGACCCAGGACCAGGAGGCGGCAGGCGGCGUGCCCCUCGACAUGGGAACCAUCCGCGCCGUGAUCAGGGAUCUGUUCGGGGCCGGGAGCGAGACAUCGUCGACGACGCUCCAGUGGGCCAUGUCGGAGCUGAUGAGGAAACCGGCGGCGCUCCGCAGGGCGCAGGCCGAGGUGCGCGGCGCCCUGGCGGGGCAGAGCCGCGUGCGGGAGGACGCCCUGCCGCAGAUGCCCUACCUGCGGCUGGUGAUCAAGGAGACGCUCCGGAUGCACCCGCCGGUGCCGCUGCUCGUCCCGCGGGAGUGCCGCGAGCCGUGCCGGGUCAUGGGCUACGACGUGCCCCAGGGCGCCAUGGUGCUCGUCAACGCGUGGGCCAUCGGCAGGGACGCCGCCAGCUGGGGCCCCGACGCCGAGGAAUUCAGGCCGGAGAGGUUCGAGGACGCGGCGCCCGCGGUGGACUUCAGGGGGGCGGACUUCGAGCUCGUGCCGUUCGGCGCGGGCCGGAGGAUGUGCCCCGGGAUAAACUUCGGUGUCGCCGUCACGGAGCUCGCCUUGGCGAGCCUCCUUUUCCACUUCGACUGGGAGCUCCCGGGAGGCGCCCGUGGUGGGCUGGACAUGCAGGAGGCGUUCGGGAUCACGGCCGGAAGGAAGAACGACUUGUGGCUGCAGGCCGCCGUUCAUGUGCCUGCCAACCCCUAAUAAUUUUGUUGAGAUGCGUGUGUGUGUGCGGGUACGGCUAUUUUAGAAACGCAUUGGGUCGAGAACGGAGCGCUGCCUGGGUGCCCAUGGUUCGGAAAAAAAAUAAGGCCUGUGUUUGUCUUGCAUCUCUGUAAAUUUAUCGCGGCUUCAUCGAGGCUUGUGACUAAGUUUCAAAUU